GAAGGAGGAAACGGAGGAACAGAAAGAGAAGAAACACAAAACCUUUGUAGAGAGAUACGAGAAACAAAUCAAACACUUCGGGAUGCUGCGGCGCUGGGAUGACAGCCAGAAAUAUCUCUCUGAUAACCCUCACCUCGUUUGCGAGGAGACGGCUAAUUACUUAGUCAUCUGGUGCAUCGAUCUGGAGGUGGAAGAGAAACACGCCCUGAUGGAGCAAGUCGCCCACCAGACCAUCGUCAUGCAAUUCAUCCUGGAGCUGGCCAAGAGCCUGAAGGUUGAUCCCAGGGCUUGUUUCAGGCAGUUUUUCACCAAAAUUAAGACAGCCGACCAGCAGUACAUGGAGGGCUUCAACGACGAGCUGGAAGCCUUCAAGGAGCGGGUGCGAGGGCGAGCCAAGGUCCGCAUCGAGAAGGCGAUGAAGGAAUACGAGGAAGAGGAGCGGCAGAAACGCCUGGGCCCCGGCGGGCUCGACCCCGUGGAGGUGUACGAGUCCCUUCCACCCGAGCUGCAAAAAUGUUUUGAUGUAAAAGACGUUCAGAUGUUGCAGGAUACGAUCAGCAAAAUGGAUCCCACCGAGGCCAAAUACCACAUGCAGCGAUGCAUCGACUCGGGGCUCUGGGUCCCCAAUGCCAAGACGGGGGAAGGAGCCGAGAAAGGUGGCAGCGAAGCCCUUUAUGAAGAAAUUAAGAAGGAAAAUGGUGACGAGGAGAAAGGAAAUCCGUGAGAUGAGGCAGGGGGGCAUUAAAACAAAAAGGCAUAAAGCCUAAAAAAAAAGGUAUAAAUCCUAAAAAGAGGCGUAAAGGAUUUAAAAAAAA